AUGAUCGUCGCAGCAGAUCCGCUCACGCUCAAGCCGUGGCUCGUCCGCGCUCUCGAGCCCAUCUCGGACGCCGAACCUCUCGUGCUCGCCGACUACGUCCUCGCCCUCCUCAAGCGCGACGUCCGCGACCUCGACGACCUGCGGCAGUCCUGCGUCAACGAACUCGACGACUUUCUGCAACAGCACUCGGCCCCGUUCGUCGACUCGCUCCUGCGCGUUCUGCAGCAGCCCGACCGCCCAUCGGCCCUGGAGGUCGUUCCAGAUCUCGCGACGACCGCCUCGUCUGCCUCGCUCAAGCGGGCGCGAUCGCCUCAGCCCGCCCCGUCGUCGGCCAAGUUACCGCGCACCGAGGCCGGCGAGGGCGGGCAGACUGCUCGAGGGGGAGCAGCCCUGCCCCGUGUCGCAGGACCCGCGAGUUCGUCGUCUCGCGUGAGCUCUGGGCGCGCAGCCGGGCGACCUGUCGAUCGUCCGCCGUGUCGCGACUACCACUUCCGCGGCUUCUGCGCGCGUGGCGACGCCUGCCCGUACCAGCACAACGCGCUGCCGGUCGCCGCCGGCCACCCCCCUGCCCCGUUCCCGUCGACUUUCCCUCCUCCCUUUGCCGCCGCCGCACGCCUGUAUCCGCCAGCCGCGCACACCGGCGCCCCCUCGUUCAGCUUCCCGCGCGAUGGCCCGUCGCGCAGAGCAGCUUCGAGCGCGUCCAUCCGCUCGGCGGGUGACCCGUCCCGACAACCCGCUCCGGCGGCGCGGCCUCCUCGCGGCACGUCCAGGGUCAUCAGCGUCGACAACAUCCCGCCCACCUCCCUCACCGACGCAGCCGUUCGCCACUUCUUCCAGCCGUUCGGCACCAUCCUUCACCUCGGCCUCGACGUCGACGGCCGGUCCGCGACCAUCACGUUCUCGGCGCCGCACGAGGCCGAUCGGGCGUUGGCCUCGCCCCAGGCCGUGUUCGGCAAUCGCUUCGUGCGAGUCUACCGCGCCCGCGACCCGGGCCCCGUACCGCCGGCGUCUGCCCCGAGCGGCGGCCAAGAGCGUGUCGCCACCGGCGCCCGCCUCGCCACGACGACGCCCGCGCUCGACGGCAACUCGAUCGUCGUGUCGAGAUCUACCCGGCAUCCUGAGCCGGCGGCGCGAGCUCACUUGCUCGAGCGCAACGCCGAGCAGCAGCGGGCGCUCCUCAGCGAGGUGCAAGGCGCCGGCGCCGAGCGCAAGCGCGACAUCAUGGUCGCCCUGCGCGCCUUGGCGGCCGAGGCCGACGCCUUGCGCUCGCGUCCUCGUCCAGAUGUCGCCGAGCCGGCGCCCGGUGACGCGCGAGCUGCAUCGCUCGGGAUCGACACGACCACCACACCGACCGCUGGCCCGCGCCCGUACGGCGGCCCCGCCGCGACAAGACCCCGUCCGCCGCCGCCCCUUCGCGCUCAGCAGUACCGCCUCGACAACCGCAGCCGCGUCCUGCGCAUUGGUCCCCUCGGCGAGGAGGCCGUACUGCGUCGCCUGCGAGCGCAUCUCGAGCAUUUCGGCGAGGUCGUCGCGCUCAAGUACGACCACGAGGGCAAGGAGGCCACGGUCGAGUUCGCUGUACGCAAGUCGGCUGAGCAGGCCCUCGCUUCCGGUCACCUGCCGCCUGAGUUUGGCGCCGCCGAGCUGUCGUGGGCAUCGAGCGGCAAGCCUCCACCGUCGACAGCGGCGACGUCGGCUGCGCCCGUCGACGUUGGCCUGGACGUCGACGAGCCGCACGAGGUCUCGCCCUCGAGCGGCUCGUUCAUCGACGCGGCUCGAGGUCGCGAGGACGACAUGAAGGUGGACGUCAAGGGAGAGGACGAGGAGCGCAGCUGGAACCGUUGAGUUGUUGAGCCACGCC